GGUGGUCUGACCAGUGAUUAUUUUUGGAUGGCUAUACUGAAAUUGUGGUUUGGCAUGUUUCCUGUGUUGGUUUUUUUCAUACAACAUAAUGAGAAACAGACGUGUUUUUUUUUUAGAUUUGAUUUUGCAUCAAUGUAUUUUUGGGGUUUAACUUCUGUGUCUGUAUAGCACAAAUAUGUUAUCACAAAAUGUAGAUAUAUUGAACCUUUGUCUUUAUCAUUUACUCACUAUUUCAGGAACCAAGUGCAACACUUAAAUUAGAUAAUAUCUGCAGUGCCUGCGCAGGAAGUGACUGUGUCAAAUUAACUGAGCUUUGAGAGAAAGGGAAGUGAGGAAAGAAAAGAAUUUAUAGAAAACGCAUGAGCUCAUAGGUGUAUGAGGUUUUUAAUGUGCCCACAGUUCUCUGUUCUGUCUAGUAUGUAUGCUUUAGUAUUAAGGUAGAGAUAUAUUUUCCAGAAGCAGAGUUUCAUUGCUGGUUGUCAGGAUGGGACACACUUUGUUCUGUGUACUGGGAUUAUUCAUGCUGGAUACUCUCCUGUGCUAUGGAUUCUGUAAAGAUGCAGAUGGACCUAAUGUCACUGUGUCGGCAUCAUGGCUGAGUCCUGGAGCCUCAGUAACUUUGACCUGUGAGGUCAAACCUGCGUCUAAAGGGUGGAAGUUCUUCUGGUCUAAAGUUGUUCCCAAACUAUCAAAUGGCUUCUAUGACCGUGAACUGCUACCUGGUGACAGCAAUGGGACUGAGGGGAAUUCCUUUGUUGUCCCUGGUCAGACACAUACAGCAGGAUAUUCGUGUAGAGCUGGAAGAGAUCCGCUGAAUUACACUCCAUAUAGCAGACCUAAGUUUGUCUGGUCUAGAGAUGUUUCAGCAUUACCAUCAAUCAAAGUGAAUCCAGCCAGAGAGCCAUACUUUACCAAUGAGUCUAUCUCACUGAGCUGUGAGGGAAAUUCUACUGAGUGGAGAGUGAUGAGGUUUACUGAAGGAGGCUAUCCGUCCAACUGUUCUAACUGGGGGAUAAUGACUGGAUCCACAUGCAAACUCACAAAGUUCAGAAAGAAAGCAGCAGUGUACUGGUGUGAGUCUGGAUCAGGCCAAUUCAGCAAUGCAGUCAACAUCACUGUACAAUAUGUGCCUGAAAGCUCUUCAUUUCCUGUGCUGACUGUUGGGCUGGUCUGUGGAAUUUCAGUGAUUAUCUUCCUGCUAAUGUUGUUUUGCUGGAGGAAGUCCAAGGAUCCAUGCUUUGUCAGAACCAGUCGGGGCUCUGCUCCAGAUCACAUGGUUAACAAGAAUGAAACUGAACCUAACCCCACUCAUCUCUAUGAUGAUGUUCGUCUCUCUGAAUCAUUCGAAGGCCAUUCAAACACUGGCACUGAUGAAUCCCAGGGUGUCACAUACUCUGUGAUUACCCUUGAAAACAUCAGAGAGAAGGUUAAUCCAGGGAAGAGUCAUGGACCAGAGGACUGCAGCAUUUACUAUAAUAUAAAGUUUAGAUCAGCUGCAGGAAAAUCAGCACCUGCAGCGAUGGAAGAAACUUUUUAUUCUCAAGUCCAACUGUAGGAGCAGCUCUUGAUAAUAAUGCAGCAGGUUUUGGUCUAUUUAGGGUGCUCCAGAGAAAAUGACUGAAUUAGACCUUGAAUAACAACAUAUUUCUACUUUCUGUUAAUAGAACUGUAUUCUUUUUAUCUUUGAAUUAGUAGUGAACUGUUUCUGUUGUCUUUUAAAAAUGAAUUGUUACUGGUGCUUAAUUUAGUCUGCAUUAUUAAACUUGCUCUGUUGCACCAUAGAUAA